CAACACAAAUACUUUUAUUGAUACUGUAUCACAUCUUAUAGUGGCUGAAACUUUCUUUUCUUCCUCCACCCCCAGGCUUAACACAAGGCCAGUGUUCGGAGGCAUAAGAUCUCGCAUUGGGAUCCAGCAAAAUCUCCUGAAUAGAUCAUCGCCGGCUGUCAGCUUCCAGCGGACGUUUGAUGCCCGACAGAAGAUAGGACUCACUGAUGCCCGGCAGAAACUGGGGGUUAAAGAUGCCCGUGAAAAACUGGUUCAAAAGGACGCUCGCUUUAAAAUCAAAGGAAAAGUGCAGGAUGCUCGAGAGAUGUUGAAUUCCCGUAAGCAGCAGAGUGUUGCUGCUGAAAAGGUGACCAAAGUGGUGGAUGCCAGAGAGAAGAUCAGCUUAAAAAGGAGCACUCCAGCUGCUAUCAGCCCAACGAUGGGGACAGUAAAUCCAGCCGUCAAAAUCACCAAAACUAUCCAACAGAAGGCUCCAGUUCCAAUGAGGAUCAAUGUGGUGAACAACCAUACACACAAACAGGGCCUGUAUGACACAGAAGAUGAUGAUGAAAGUGUCUCUCCCCUUACUAGCAAACAGAUGAAAAUCACCACCACAAACAGUUUCCUGCACAACGCGACUGGACUGAGCAGCAAUAAAUUCUCUCUGUCCAAGACUGUUCCCCUGACUAAAGUGGUCCAGAAUGACACGUACACAGCUCCACCUGCACCUCCAUCUCCUAUGCGGACAAAGGCCUUGACAAACAUGUCCCGGACCUUAGUGACAAAGGAGGAGCCUCCGAAAGAACCAGCACCUGUGGAGCUGGCGUUCAGUCCUUUGGAAGGCACAAAGAUGACCGUAAACAAUCUGCAUCCCAGAGUCACAGAGGAAGACAUUGUUGAGUUGUUCUGUGUCUGUGGCGCUCUGAAGCGGGCCCGGCUGGUGCAUCCCGGCGUGGCUGAGGUAGUGUUUGUGAAGAAAGAAGAUGCUAUCACAGCAUAUAAGAAAUACAACAACAGGUGCUUAGAUGGUCAACCAAUGAAAUGCAAUCUUCAUAUGAAUGGGAAUGUCAUCACCUCAGACCAGCCUAUACUGCUCCGAUUGAGUGAUACCCCUUCAGUGAAGAAGGAAGGGGAACCACGCCGGUCAAGUGCAAGCGCUGCCUCAAAUCCCCCAGCUGAGGUGGACCCUGACACUAUCCUGAAGGCACUCUUCAAAUCCUCAGGGGUCUCUGCCUCUGUGCAGCCCACAGAAUUCAAAAUCAAACUCUGAGAAGCAGGAGCAAGCAGUGGACUGGGAAACUCGUUGAAGUUGGGGAGUGAGAAAAGUGCAGGAGUGCAGAUGUUAUUUGCAUUUGCCUGCUUUGAAAUUUUUUGUUUUCUCUGAUCGCUACCUUACUGUACGAUAGUGUUUCCUCUUGUGUGUGUACCUUCUGUUUUCAUAGUUGGAGUUUUCUUCCAUGGUUUGUUUUCUUUUUUUUUUUUUUUUCCCCCCCUCCAAAAGAAUAACCUCCCCCUUCUGCCAGUAAGGUAUUACCAAGCAUAUGCCAUGUAACUCCCUGCUUCACUCCAGAGCCCUUACCUGCCAUUAAAAGUGCACAUAGACUUUGAGGGAA